ACUACAAUUCCCAGCAGCCGUAGCGCGACACGGCUGUGACGUCACAAGGCGUAUAUAUGGAUCCCGUGCGGCAUUCCUUACUCUAUUGUUACAUUGUAACAAACCGGGGCAGAAGAGAGGCCCGCAGGGUCCUCGGGCCGACAAGCACUACACCUAAUUUUUGUUUUUCUUUCUUUCGGUGUGGAAACAAAACGUUGCGAUUUGUCGAAACAUAGCGCCGAACACAGACACCAAUUCAAAGGGAAAAUAAACCUCGAAGGCUCGACUCUAUUUGGUCUUUUUGAAUGCGGGCAUUUUAAAGGAUCAUCUGUUUUAUUUCCAUUUUAUCCACGCCAGGAUUUUUCAAUUUUUUUGUGAAUGAGGUCCUUGUAUGCCUUCGUCUGCCCCGUUUUUUUCUUUUAAGAGCUUGACUGCAACGUUACAUACUCGCAUUGGCUUCUUGGUCGACAAACCUCCCUUUAUAAUACAAACAAAGAGUAAUAUUCAUUUUUACGAUGCUUAAAUGAUGUGGCAUCACUAUAGCUUCGUGAUCAAUCUGUUAUUUCCCCAUUGAUCCGACCAUUUCCAUGGGCUGAAGUCGCUUUUUUGUCUGUCAUCUUGUAACCUUGUGGAACACAGCUACAUAAAAGCCGAAUCUUCAAAGAAAAUAAUUAAAGCAACAGUACGAUUUAAAGGCUCUCUGUUUCUGCCUAAGUUGCCAUGGUGAUGUUUUCAGACUGUGAUUUAUAAGCAGGACUCUCAUACUGGAUGAUGGAGAAAGAAAAUGUCAAUGAUUAGACGCCGUGUUUCCAUGGAGACAGUGUUAUCUCGCGGCCUGAAGCGCAGAUUCGAGGAGGUGGACAGCGGUUCGCCGUGUUCCACACCAAAAUAUUCGGACGAUGACAUCUCCAGCAGUGACAGUGCAGAUAGCUGCGACAGUCUUAAUGCUCCCUCCAGCUCUCUCACACCUCCCUCCAUUCUUAGAAGACACAAGGCCUCUUUAGGUCGUAAACAGGUACGCUUCGACGCAGUGACGGUUUACUAUUUCUCCAGAAAGCAAGGCUUUACCAGUGUGCCCAGCCAAGGUGGCAGCUCUCUGGGCAUGGCACGGCAUCACUGCGCCAUACGCCAUUACACCCUUGGCGAGUUUGCACGAGAACAGGAGAGCAGCCACAAGCUCGUACUGCGUCAGCACCUACGACAAGAAAAACUCAACGCUCGCAAGUUAAAGCUGACGCGGAAUGGAACUGUGGAUAGUCCGGAGGCCGAGCUGCUUACACUUGACGACAUAUCGGACGAGGAUCUGGACGUGGAAAGCGUAGAUGUGGACGACUGCUUCUUCCUCCAGCCUCUCCCCACGAAGCGGCGCAGAGCACUACUGAGGGCCUCGGGGAUCGCCCGCAUAGAUGCCAGAGAGAAGGCCGAGCUGCGUGCCAUACGUCUGUCCCGUGAGGAAUGCGGCUGUGACUGCCGCUUCUACUGUGACCCUCGACACUGCGGCUGCAGCCAGGCUGGAAUCAAAUGCCAGGUUGACCGGAUGUCCUUCCCAUGCGGCUGCACCCGUGACGGUUGCGGCAACGCAGCUGGCCGAAUUGAGUUUAACCCUCUUCGUGUGCGUACACACUAUCUUCACACCAUCAUGAAGCUUGACGUGGAAAAGAGAACCCUACCUGGUGUUCGGUCAGGAGAAGACUGUGCAGAGGAGGCCGAGUUGGUCUCCUCGCCAUCUCUGUCCCUUUCUCCCUUGGACUCGGAUGUGGAAACCCAGAGUAUCCAGGACCUGCAAGAGGAACAGUGUGACAGCCUGGAACGUGAGAACGAAACGGCCGUCCUCCACCUGCAAAGCGCCGAAGAACUAGAGAGGAGGCGCGAACAAGAGGAGCAGCAGGUAGAGGAAGCGGAGACCUCCGAUCCAACUCUCUGUCUCCUGCAAGGGGCCUUGACCGGCCAGGCUGGGAUGGAGGACAUGGAGGGAGUUCUUCUAGAAGGACAUUUUCCAGAAGGUGCCACCUUGCUUUGUAUUACAGAGAACCAUGCAGAUGACCAGAGGCUGCUCAAAGACCCUGCUUCUGUCCUCUACUAUCAGGUAGGCCACAUGGAGACAGCUACCUUUGAGGCGCUUCCUGCACAAGUCGAAGAAGUGGUGAGCAACGUCGGGGAUCCAGAGCCGGAGAGCGAUCGGCAAAAACAAGAAACCUGCAGGCAGGAUUCGACCGAACGCUCGUCUGCUGAAGUACCGUCGCCUCCGGAAAGUAACCUGAACGGGGGCGAAGAGCAUCUUUGUCCAGAACAGGUCUCAAAUGACAAGGAAUGCCUUGAGACGUGCCUGGCACUGGAUGAAAAGGCAGUACAGCUUCCUCCAGAAGUGUAAAGCCUAUCACCUCUGCAGAUGUUUUGCACAAGUUAGUCAAUAAAUUGAAAGACAGCCUACUCCACACAGUGCAGUAUGUUACCAGACUGCACAAAGUUGAUUUAUUGUUAAAGAAACAAAUGAUCUACAUGAGUUUGUAUCAGAUUUAGUUGCCGAUACGCAUGUACUGUAUUCAAAAUAGGUUGUCAGUGGUAAAAUAAGUUAUUAAAAAGAAAAACAUAGGUUAAUUUAUUUAAAAAAAGAUAAAGAAACUCAAGAGAAUGGGAGAUCUUGAUUUAACAAGUGUUUUUUUUCAAUGCAGUAUCGGUUCAUUAUUUGAUACUGGUGGACAAUGUGGCCUUCAUGUUGAGGAACAAGCAUUUUCAGGAUUAACCAGUGGCUUUCUGGCAGUUCUGGCACCCUAAUGCUGCGUUCAGACCAGCUGCGGUAGAGGCGUCAAGCACGAGUGAUUUCAAUGUUAAGUCAAUGUAAAGACGCGUUGUUGCGCGUCUGGAGGUCUUGUCGCGCGAAUUGAGCGUUGCCGUGGCAAUCGCACAAGUUGAAAAAUUUUAACUUUGGCGGAAAAACGCGCCAAGUUAACCAAUCAGGAGCUUGCUCUAGUAGUGACAUGAUUACAGGAAGCGAGCAGAGUCGCAGAAGCCCCUCCCAUGACUAGAUUUUCACGCGCGGCUUUCAUGCGCGAAUGAAGCGAGUAAACUUAAAAUGUUCAAGUGGCAAACUAGACGCGGUAGAUGCGAAUUUGAUGCCUCAAACGCGGCUGGUGUGAACCCACGGUAACAAUAAAUUGGCACUGUAAGAAACAUAUAUGAUGAUGCCGAAUUCAUGUUUCAUAUAAAUUGGCGUGGUUACGAGAACAUAGUAAGUAACAGUACAAGAAACAUCCUGUGACUCAGAAAUAACAUUUUGCCACUUAUAAGUAUUGUAAUGGCAAAAAUCUGAACUUUAAUCAUUGCAACCUAGUUUUUAACUUGGAUUUAUGAGUUUGACAAAUAUGUGAAUGGUUUUCGUUACUCAGAAACUCAUAAUUACGGUAGUUUUGGCAUGAUGUGAACACACCGCAUCUGCAUAUAGUUAUAGACGGUUUCAGCGGCAACAGCAUAAACAAACGGCUUUGGUGGUGUAAACUUAACCUUCGGUAGCCUUUAGGGCUGGGCAAAAAAAAUCGAUUGUUCGAUUAAUACUUUUUUUUACGUGGUUGAUUCAAAAUUGAUUCUCAAAGGCCACAAAUCGUUAUUUUUUUCAUGUUUAUUUCUGCAAACAUUAAACGUAAGAUUAACGUUAAUCUAAUUACUAGUCUUUUCCACUAGAUGUCACCGUCUUUUUUGCCUUGAGCAAUGUUACCAAGGAGAGAGAGGCGAGCCUGUCAUUCAUUCAUUCAGUCUAUAUUCUAAUAUAAUAUAAUAAUAUAGUAUUCUAAUAUAAUAUAAUAUAAUAUAAUAUAAUUUAAUAUUCUAUAUAAUCUAUAUUCAUUGAGUUGAAUUGAGAAUCGAGUACAAAAAUCGCCUUGAACCGAAAAUCGAACCUAUAACCGAAUCGAUUUGAUAGCUUGCGAAUAGAAAUUGAAUCGAUCUGGAACAUCUGAAUCGAAACCCAGUCCUAGUAGACUUCCACAAAGAAUUAAUAACAGAGUCCAUCUAUAGUAGCUGAAAACAUUUUGAUUUUCAACUAGGUAUUUGAUCCAAAGGUCAGUUUAGCCACUAACCAAGCCGAUAAACAAACAGACUGGAAGUUAUGUCCGGGCCAAGCGCGCAGCGCGCAUGUGUCCGAUGAAACCGUCUAUUGCUAAUUCAGUGCUAACGCUAAGAGCAAUGGUUGCUCGUUUAUUUGUUUCCCUUCCUGUGAAUAGACCCAACGAUCCUGGAAAUACUUGGUUUUCAUGUACUGUAUAAGCGUUUUGCUAAGAGCUAGCAUGAAGAGUGAAAAAGCUGCUUGUUCUCUGUAUGCACGUUGAAAACUUGAUCCGUUCGAAAUUGUCGAGGUGGGUCGGGAGGCCUAAUGUGCGAGGCAUUUGCACAGCAGUUCUUUGAAGACACCGUUUCAAGCUGUAGCCUAUCGUCCCGGUGCGUGGAUGUUUAUUUAUUUACAACCGCUUUGUAUUGUGAGGGCGAGGACAAUGUGUGAUUGUGUUAGAGAAUUUGUGACAUCUACAAUCAUUGAAAAGUUUUUUUUUCAGAAGUUAAUGCACAUCGGGCCUUUAAAUAUUACAGGAGAGCUUUUUAGGUGUACUUGCGGUUUAAUGUGAAAAAGUCCUGUUUAUGGUUGAUUGUCAUGAAAGCAUAUCCUGGUCACAUUUCACCCCAAAAUGUAAAAAAAUAUUUUAUUUAAUUUUUGCAUUAAGAAAAUGAAAAUUUACAAUGUUUUCCAUCAAAUUCUCAUUACCAUAAUAUGUCAGUCCCUUUGCAUUUUAUUUUUGUAAUUAACAUUAUUCUCAAAGGUAAAUAUGAUUAAGUUUCGUAAAUUUUUUUAUUUUCAACCGUGCUUUGCGUCAAACCCGUUGGAGCCACUGGUGUAGUGGCCGACUCAAGUUUGAGUCCCAUAGUUUUUGUCGAUUAAAGAAAAUGCCCCGAAAUUACUUAAAAAAAGGGAAUUUUUAACAUUGUGCAAUACAAAAACAUUAACAUUUUCAUUAAAAAAAAAUUCUUCUAAUUUUGGGUUUAAUAUGACAUGAUCUUGACCGUUUUCAGGAAAUUCACCUCUAUGUGUUCACAACUAGUGUACCCUGUACCUUUAUUGUUUAUUGUGGGCCUGUGGGCAAGACAAAUUGAGGAAAGACUGUAUGACAUAAUGUUGACUUACUGUCACAUGGACCCUCUUGGUUUGGACCACAGUUUUAACAGGACCACGUAUACUCUUCUGUCAACAGUGCACCUUGUUUAAAAUGUCCGACCCCUCAUGUAAACUCUGUGAAAACCAUUCCCUCCUUUUCUCUGUUGUUUGCCCUUUUGGGCUUGCAUCAUACACCCCUCCUCUUCCCAUGUUAUAAAUAAUGUUAUUGCAUUUUAGAUGCCUUUUGUUAAGGUUUGUUUACACGUUUAAUGUCAAGUUCUGAUUUGAAUGCUUGCGUGAAUGAAAAAAAUUGUGUCUUCAAAUAGUAUAACAAAUUCUGUGAUGUUACUAAAUUAUUUAAACAUAAAAAACACAUGAAAACAGUCUUUUUGCGAUCUGUGCGUGUGUGUGUAUGUCAGUGUGUGAGAGAGUUUGUGAGAUUGUCAUAUUUCAAAAGGUGCUCUUAUUUUAGUUUUUACAUAUUCAUAUUAACACUAUGUACAGUUGUAUAUGUAGAGACAGAAAAAUGAAAAACUUUCAAAUGAUUAUGAAAGAAUUUGAAGUGAGCUCUUAAUGAUAUAUAUCAAUAGAGUUCCAUUUUAACAUUGCGAGUUGUCCAUCUGCUUCAGGUUUACUCACCAACAUCCUCAAGUCAAGAGUAAAAUGUAACGUUUCAUUAUGUGGUUAUUUGCUAAAAUGGAGCACAUGAAGCUAAUCCAAAUUAUUUAGCAUGAUUGUUCUAUGUAUAGCUUUUCAUUGUAAACAUUACAUAAAUCUGCAAUAAUUAAGAGCUUUGCAAAUGACCAAUCAAACAAGAAGGAUUUUUAUUGUUUUAUAUGGUUACUGUGUUUAAUGUAUUUUUACUAUGAGUUUGCCUCAUUGUUUGUUAGCAUGUCUCUAUGUAUCAGUUUUCUAAACGAUGUUAAUGUACUGACUCCAUAUGUGUGUUACUGUCUGUUAUUGUAUCAAAGACGUGGAAAAACGCCACCGUACGUUCCUACGCUCAAAUGAGUUUUAUCUGUAGCAGCGGCUUGUUUAGUAACUGAUAAAUAUUGGUGGUCUUAGGGCCUGCUAUGGACCAAAACAUGUUAGAAUCAUACAUUUCAAAAGGCUUUAUUCACUGUCUUGAUGCAAAAGUCCAGUGGUCUUACUGGGGAGAUCUGAAUGUCUCAUGCUUAAUGUGCGAAGCAACAUUGUUUGUUUUUUCAUGCCACCUUCGUUUUUGAUGUACACAGAUAUGAGACCACUACACUAACUAAAGUCCAACUUACAUUACGAUUGUAUGUGCUUAUGUUUGUGUGUGUGCGCGUGUUUAUUAGAGGUGCUUUAUUAACAAGGCUGAAUGGAGAUGAAUUCUACUGUAAGAGUGACUUAUGCUAUCUGUUGCCUACAGAUGAAAACAAAACAAAGUUUUAUAUGAAUGUGAGUAAAAUAAAAUCUAAAAUAAAUCAUGAAAA